CAACUUUUGUUGAAAUGUGUUCUUUUGUUUAAGGACGAUAAACAUUUAUUUUGUUUUAAAAGAUCGUACAGAUUAUUAACCUUGUACUAAUGGUACAAAGUGUCUGAUGGCUUUAAUGUGUAUAUUGUAGUUGGACGACAGUACGAAUUGUUAUUAAGUGUUCAAUUGUAUAAUUAAAAAGCGUUAAAAGUGACAAAACACACAAUGUUCAACACCUCAAAACAUUCAUCAGAACGCACAUCUCGUCCUCGUGAUGCCACUCUGUCCGAACGUGGACCGCCUUCGCAAAGAUCUAGAUCCAGAUCUGCUCGUUCGUCGCCGUCGCGACAUUCAGAAUGCAGAUCACCGUGGAGGGUACCUGCUUGGGUACAUUGCGAGAAUUGUUUCACGACUCAUGACCUCAAUCCAAAUUUGAGUUUAUUGUCCUGUGGACAUAUAAUCUGUCGGACAUGUUUGCAUUUAGGCGAUGCAAUUUCAGACGAUACUUUGCACGUUGCUUGCGUUCGAUGUAAGACGUCCGGAAAACACAUACCUAUCAAUGACUCGUUGGACGUAAAAUUGCAUGGAAUGUUCGAACAGGGUUGGAUGGAUCCUGUGCUUCAGCUCGAUGUUUCCAAAAUCACAUUUAUGAUGAACAAAACCCAGAAUUACUCAAAGUAUCUGUCUAAGAGUAUCAAACAAGGCACCAAUGUAGCACCCGAGUGGGAAGAGAGACAGAAUCUUGUGAAAAAGUCGAUGGAACGCAUCCAAAAGCUGAAACAAAUGGAUAGCGAAGUCACCAAGAAAGCGGGAGUGAUCAAAUCCGAAGGUAUGAAACUACACAACACCGUUCAAAUGCUUAAUUCGAUGUAUGAAAAGGCAAAGACCGACUUUCGGCUCAAGCAACAACAGCAGCAGUCUCAGCAUAAUAGAGGACACGGGGGACAAGGCAAAGAACCACAUCAACGAGGCCAAAUAGGACAGGGCACACAACAGCAUCAUAGAGGACAAGGAGGACAGGUCAAAGAACAGCAUCAUAGAGGCCAAAUAGGACCGGGCACACAACAUCAUCAUAGAGGAGAAGGAGGACAGGGCAAAGAACAGCAUCAUAGAGGACAAGUGGGACAGGCCACACAACAGCAUCAUAGAGUACAAGGAGGACAGGGAAAUUAUCGUCAAGACAUGAAGUUAAUCAGCAGCGGUCGCAAUGAACAGUCCAACCAAUACAUUGGUCAAAUAAAGUCAUCGUCACACCGACCGCCAGUGAAUCAAAAUCAAAGCGCGCCUGACAUCCGCAAUUUCAGCCAAAGGGCUGUGCCUCCUGCAAGACAAAACCAAAGUUUGAACCUGCCUCGCGGCGAUUUGUCCAGACGUACGACAGAAAAUGCAUCCAACAGAUCGUCGAUGCCAUCGGCUACUUUUCGACUUUCGCGCACAGUCCUCAACCUAAAAACCUCAGUUCGGAUAAUCGUCGAUUCGAACCGCAACAACAGCACGCUGCAAAGCGAUUGGUACCGUCAUAUGUAUAUGAUCAAUACACAAAUCCUCCGAAGCGUGCAGCACAUUAUACGGGACCGGCAGAAUUGAAUACAAGCAUUUCAUCAGUCGGAUCAUCGCUGAUAUUGAAUCCUCCCAGAAAUGGACGACCGAUGAAUGAUUUACGAUUUCGCACAUAUAAGUAGGACGUGCAGAUACAAGAAUUUAUAAUUUAAGUUUUGAUGUCAAUUAGAGAAUUUGUAUAUUUCCAUCUCCUCUUUACUGUACACAAAGAAAAGUUUCUACAAAUAUCGUGACAAUUAUCAUAGAAUGAAUCGCUGGUUGAAUAAAAAAUUUAUUUUCAUUUUUGUUAA